AUGCUCACAGCAGGCCUGAACGGAGAACUCUUCACCAGUGGCCUGCGUUGGCAAGCAUGGGUGGCAGAUGCAGCAACAGCUUUCUUACAAGGUGCCCAAGAUACAGUAGAGCGAAAACUUCCUUUGUACCUCAAGCCGCCGUCCGACGGCGUCAUCAAGCUCACCCAACAUUGGAAAGCUCGGCUCUACCGCAUCCGCGGAAACAUCUAUGGUUUGUGCAAUGCACCGUUGACUUGGUACCGUGAGGUAUCAAAAAGGCUGGAGAGCAUCAACUACCGCAAGCACUCAUUUGAUGCCUGCAUCUUCUACAAGACCACCCAGCAAGAAGACAGAGAAGAAAUUGUCUCCAUCAUCCUAGUGUACGUAGAUGAUUUUUUGGGAAUCUAUCGACAGGACUACCCUAUCGAGGAAGUUCGGUCUUUGUUCCGAUGGGGUUCCAUCACCGACCUCGAGCCCUAUGUCCCUGUCACCUUCAAGGGAAAGGAACUUGAGAUUCAACGCAAUGAAGCCGGACGCUUUGUUUUGAAGCUGACGAUGAAGAAGUUCCUCAACAACUUGAGCAGUGGUUCCCUGAAACGAGGACGACAACAGGAGUCGCAAGACUUGAGCAUGGAAGAGCAGAAAGAGCUGAGAAGCAUUUGUGGAUGUCUUCAGUGGGUCAGCACUCAGACCCGCCCAGACUUAGCGUCAACAGUGAGCCUCACCCCACAUGGCAAUGAAGCCAAGCUGGAACACCUCAAGGUCCUGUUUGAAGCUAUCGAGUAUCUUCAUCAGACCUCAGAUGAUGGUUUGGUUUUUCAGGACAUCCCCUUCAAUGCCAGCACCACCAUGGUUGCUUACAGCGAUGCAUCAUUUGCGAACGCUCGCAAGUCCGGAUCUCAGAUUGGACUGGUGAUUGGGCUGACGACGCCCGACGUGCUGGAGCGUCCAACCACCCUCACAGUGGUGGACUGGAGAUCCACCAGAUCUCCUAGAGCCCCUGCGCCCGUCUUGAAUGACAAGCGCACGCUGGUCUCGAUCCGAGCAAUUCAAGAAUCAGUAUCAGCUCGACAGUUGAAGUGGCUGCCAACCCAAUACCAAUUUUCAGACUGCUUGACGAAGGUCAGUAAAGACCUUAGAGAUGUUUUUCGAAGAUGGCUUCAGAAUGCCAAAGCGGUCUUGACAGAGUCAGAUGAGGCCAAAGCCUACGCUCAAAGCCUUGGCAUAGAGACAAAUGGCAAAAGAAAGAAUACCAGUGAAAGUUUUGAGCUGAACUUGGCUGACAGGUCGCAGGUCGCCAUGCCUUACGUGACCGCGCCAGUGACACAGGUGCUCCCCUCUAAGGAGCUGAAGGAGCUGCCCGAGGGCACCAGCGGCUCGCCGCCCGCGGCCGAGCCGGCACCGGCGGAUGUGCCGGCGGACGUGACUGCCACCGGCGAAGAGGUGACGGGCGAAGCAGAGCAAGAAGCAGCCGAAGCAGAGGAUGGCCCCAAGACGAAGCGGGCCCAAUCCUUGCGCGCUCGGGUGCUGGCGGAGUUGGGCUCCUCCAGUGCAGAGGAGGUGAAGCAACGCCUGGUCAAGGAACUGGAGGAAGAGGGGCGGAAGGUGGCGAGUGCCAAGGCCAUUGAGGAGGAGAAGCAGACGCUGGUGGAUGAGGCUACAGCUGAGGUGGCCCAGCUGAGCAAAGCUGUGGAGGAAGCGACCGAGGCGGAGACUGAGGCAGUUCAGCGCGUGAAGGAGAUCAAGCAGAAGAAAAAAGAGGCCGCAAAGUUGACGGCACUGAAGAAGAAAGAACUCCAAGGCUAUGAGGAUAUGCUGGUGCUUCUGGAUCUGGAGAAGGAGAAGUGCAAGCGCCGGCGCGAGGCGGAGGAGUCGCGCGCCGGGGAGGAGGAUGCCAAGCGGCAGAAGAUCGAAGAAUUGAUGAAAGUCGUUGAAGAAGCGAAGAAGGCUCAGGAUGAGCUGAAGCGCAAGGAGAAGGAAGCACGUCAACAGGUGCGUUCUCUGGAGAAGGAGCAGAAGAAGCUCGCACGCCUGGGGCCCUUCAGCCGUCGUGUGGCGAAGGCCAAGGAGACGAAGGAGCAAGCUGAGCCCGAGUCCGUGGAAGCUGAGACGAAGGAGGCCUCUCCCACUGAAGGCGUAGAGGUGGUUGCCGUCAAGCGCGAGAUCUCUACGCCUGUGCCCACGCGCUUCGAGGUGCACGAAGUGAUCAGCAUCGAGGACUCACAGUGA